AUGUCCGGCCACCAGGAGGAGCUCCUGAGCACGGGGCCAAUGUGUCGAUAUGCUGAGUUGUCUUUAAAUAAAAAAGUAGAUUUGAAGAAGUUGCGGAUCUUCACCCUUCCCAGCUGUGGAGAUGCGCUCUUCACAAACUCAGUCUCUGAGGAUCUGAAACAGGCUCAGAGGAAGACUGACCUCGGGGUGAAGGUAGAAGAGGUGCACUUUCCAGAGCUGAAGCAUUCGUACGACAUGUGGUUUGUCUGCAUGGGUCUCCCGGACCACUCUCUCUCUGCCUUGAAGAUAAAAGAGAAACUGCAGCAGGACUUUGAGGAGCUCUUAGGCACAGAUGGAGUCUUUUACUCCAUCUUAAACGUGUUGGGUCUGCCGGUCACUCAGUGUCCCCUGGGUCUGAACCAGGACGGCCUUCCCCUGGGAGUGCAGGUGGUGGCGGGCAAGCUGCAGGACCACCUGACCAUCGCCACGGCACAGUACCUGGAGAAGGCUUUUGGAGGCUGGCGAGAUCCUGGGGCUAACUAG